UCUCUUCCCGCAUUCCUUCUCUUCUCCCUCGUUUUUUCCCUCUUCUUCGCGGCCAUGGGCGUCGGUGGCCGAUUCUGGGACCUCCUCAAGCCCUACGCCCGCACUGAAGGCCCUGACUUCCUCCGUGAGAAGCGCGUCGCCGUCGACCUCUCCUUCUGGAUCGUCCAGCACGACACUGCCAUCCGCGCGCGCCGCCCCUUUGCUCGCUCCCCCCAUAUCCGGACCACCUUCUUCCGCACCAUCGGCCUUUUCUCCAAGAUGGGGGCGCACCCUGUGUUUGUUGUGGACGGGGAGCCUUCCCCGUUGAAGACGCAGUCAAGGAUGGAGCGAUUCUUUCGUUGUUCGGGGAUAGAGCUGGCGGAGCUGCCCAAGAAUGAGCCGGGCUCGCCGGUGAAGCAACGGAACCAGCAUUUUGCCAAGUGCAUCAGUGACUGCGUGGAACUACUUGAGCUCCUAGGGAUGCCAAUUUUAAGAGCAAAUGGUGAAGCUGAAGCUCUUUGUGCUCAACUGAAUUAUGAAGGUCACGUAGAUGCUUGCAUCACUGCUGACAGUGAUGCUUUCCUCUUUGGGGCCAAAUGUGUCAUAAAAUGCUUUCGAUCCAACUCCAGUGAUCCAUAUGAGUGCUACAAUAUAUCAGACGUUGAAGCUGGUCUGGGGUUAAGGAGGAAACAAUUGGUGGCUAUUGCACUUCUGGUUGGUAACGAUCAUGAUUUGAAAGGUGUGCCAGGGUUUGGGGUUGAUACAGCUGUUCGAUUUGUUCAGAUGUUUAAUGAGGAUGAGAUUUUGGAUAGAUUACACGAAGUUGGCAAAGGAGUUAUUCCCGUAGUUGCAGGCAGUGUUAGUUCUGCUAUACAUCUUGAUGAACCCAAUGUAAAUAAUGCUUUAUCAAAAGCUAGAUCUCCGCAUUGUUCACAAUGUGGCCACCCAGGCAGCAAGAAAGCUCACUCAACAUCUUCUUGUGAACAUUGCAUCAAUAAUGGGUUUGAAAGCUGCAUGGUAAAGCCAGCAGGUUUCAAAUGUGAAUGUUCCUCGUGCGAAAAGGAUCGCAAAAGUAAGGAGCGGAGGAAAUAUGAGAACUGGCAAAUCAAAGUUUGCAAAAUGAUUUCUGCAGAAAAUAAUUUCCCCAACAAUGAGAUUAUUUCAAUAUAUUUAAGAAAUUCAAAUGGAAGUUAUGAUGAUGGCCCUUCUCUCAGAUGGGACUACCCUAAAGUUGAACAUCUGGUUGACUUUUUAACAUACAACAUGCAAUGGGAACCAUCUUAUAUACGCCAGAGAUUACUUCCAAUGCUGUCAACUAUUUAUUUGAGAGAAAUGGCCUCUGCUCAGAACAGAGACAUGCUUUUAUAUGAUCAAUAUGAGUUUCAUUCUAUUCAGCGAGUGAAAAUUAGAUAUGGUCACCGAUAUUACUUGGUCAAAUGGAAGAGAACUACUGAUAGUGUUGGAUAUGUUAACUAUGGAACUCAAAGUGAACAUACCGAGUUUGAGCCGGAGGCUUUGGGAGCAACUGAGUCAACCGAUCUCUCAGAUGAAACAGAUGUUCCACAUAUUCUCAUUGAUGAUGGAUGCUGGUUUCUGUUAACUGAUGAAAAUAUUGAGCUUGUGAAAGCUGCAUUUCCGGACAAAGUAGACAAGUUUACACAAGAAAAGAAAUUGAAGGGAUCACCAAGUAAACAGAGAAAAACCAAUUCAAGAUCCGGCAAAAGCAAAACCGGUGCAGGUGAUGAAUCUCCCAAAUCCACUCAUGUUCAGCUUAGCAUCACCGAGUUUUAUCGCUCGACAAAAGUUACUUUUCAACCAAAGCCAGCCGAAGAAGAUCCAGUGCAGAACUCUCAAAAUGCAGGGCCUGUAAGAGAGCGCAGGAAGAUUUCUGCUGCUGGUUUAGAUAAUACCACAUCCAAGUCUGCUAAACGACGUCUCACGUUUGGCUGAUUUCUAACCAUCUGUUUUGGUGAAUGUAAAUUAUGAAGAAAAAUUGUGUAAAUUUUGUGGUAUAACUAAUUAAUUAAUUUUGUCAUGGUUUAUUAUGUAAAAAAAAAAAAGUAGGCAUCCAGCCCACAUUUGAGAAUCUCUAGCUUAUUAAUAAUUAUUUUUCUCCAGUAAGAUAUAAAUGUAUCAUUCAUGAUUCAUUGCAUUACAUGCCCUCAUGCGCUUACAAGACCAAAA